ACUGGCUCUGCUCACUCCGCAGCGCAGCCCACUGCCUCUGCUCCAAUCACGGGCAGCCUCGCGCUCCCCCGGUAGGCCUACUCACCAACCUACUGUCUCACAUUGUGAUACAUCACUCCGGAGCUAUUGCCUCUCAUCAACCCAACUCGAUUUCUCCUUGCUAUCCGAAGAUGAGAGUGUCCAUCGCGGUGCCCUCUACAUGCUUUACCUCCUAUCUCGGGCUCUAGACCCGCAGCUGGGACGGGAGAGAGAGCAACAUCUCUCUUCUCUCAUCAUCACUCGUUUGGUGUUCCACGGACACUGGGAGCGAGCCAACAGUCGACGACAGAAAUAAUUGAACCGUAGUUGUGUAUCCUUUCUCUUUUAAACAAACGUCCUCAUCCUGUAUUUUACGCUGGGCACAGAUAGGGAAGGAGAGAAGAACAAGGCUCCGCAAUCGCUAUUUCUACCGUGGAAAUACAUUUGGUGGGGUUUUGUGCCCUGUCCGUAUUUGGUGAACCCUGGAUUUAGUGAACAUGGAGACGGUGGAGAAGGAGUGCGGGGCGUUAGGUGGACUAUUCCAGGCGAUUGUCAAUGAUAUGAAGUGUUCAUACCCCGUGUGGGAGGACUUCAGUGCCAAGGCCACCAAACUGCACUCCCAGCUCAGGACCACAGUGCUGGCAGCAGUGGCCUUCCUGGAUGCCUUUCAGAAGGUGGCGGACAUGGCCACCAACACCAGAGGUACGUGGGCUUCCAGAUGUGUGUGUGAGUGAGCUCGCUCUGAGGAC